AUGACGCUCGCGAGUCUCAGGUGGACAUGCAGCCUGCUGCUGCUCGCCACCGUCCUGCUCGGCAGCUGUGAGGCGGCGCUAUUCUCCAAGAACUCCAAGGUCACCAUCGUCGAUGCGUCCAACUUUAAGCGCGAAGUGCUUGACAUCGAGAAGCCGACCAUGGUUGCCUUCACAGCUCCCUGGUGUGGCCACUGCCAGAAGCUCGUCCCUGACUACACUAGGGUCGCUGCGCAGCUCGACGGCGUCGUCAAGCUUGCUUCGAUCGACUGCGACGAGGACAAGAACAAACCUACGUGCGGAAAGUACGGCAUUCAGGGCUUCCCCACCCUCAAGCUCUUCCCGCCGACCAAGAAGCGUCUCCCGAAGGACUAUCAGGGUCCUAGGACUGCCAAGGAUAUUGCGGCGUACAUGGUCGAUGCGCUGCCUAUGGGCGCCAAGAAGCUCAAGGCCGAGGAGCUUCAGGAGUACGCCGAGAACGACGCCACCACGCCCAAGGUCAUCCUCUUCUCCAAGAAGCCCACCAGCUCGCCGCUGUACAAGAGCCUUGCACUCGACUUCCGCAAGAGUCUAUCUUUCGCCUUCCUUCGCGGCGACCAGCGUCCCGUCCAGGCCGCCGCCCGCAUCCACCUCGGCGUCGAUGUCUCGGAUGACAAGCUGCCGCUCCUGAUUGUCGUCCCUUCACGUGGCGACGGUGAUGACUUGGACAAGGCGGCUAUCAAGACCUAUACCGGCCAGCUCAAGUACCACGAGCUCAACGCAUGGAUCAAGCAGACCGUGCCAGAAGCCAAGUCCGGCAAAGCUAAGAAGCCCGCAACCAAGGCGCAGAUCAAGAAGAAGCCCGUCAAGCUCGAUCAAAAUGUCGACGAUCUUCCGGAAGGCGCCAACCGUGAGUGGCGUGUCGAGGAAGACAUGACGGAAGAGGAAAAGCAGAAAAAGAUGGAACAGCUCGCCGAAAUGCUCAACACGGCCAUCAAGCAGAGCAACGAUCUCAGGGAGACCGAGCAAGCAGCGAGCAGCGAUGCCGACUCGUCUGCCCACGGUUCAGGCUCUUCCCACUCUUCGUCAUCUUCGUCCUCUUACUCUUCCACCACAGACGAGGAUGGACAAGUCACCACGGACCGCACGGCAUCCUACUCCACCUCGGGCGAUGACGACGACUCGGCGUCGUCUUACAAGGUCUCCUCCCACACCCAAGGCAAGGGUGGCGAGGACAUGUCGCUCAAAGAGAACCUGCAACGCUGGCUUGAGGGUGAACAGGUGGACUGGUCGUCCGACUACGCGGACCACUUCACAUCCGCCCAAAAGGCGGCCGAACACCUCAUCAAGGAGGACCCCGAAAAGGCGGAGCAGAUGGCUCUCGAGAGCGAAAAGUGGCUUGCUCAGUACCUCGUCUCGGACCUCGAGAUGAUGAAGCUCGCCCGCGACAAGGGCAACGAAGACCCAGCCGUCUCCGACGCAAAGAUCGAACGCAUCCAGAACAUGUACGACGAGAUCAACAAACGCAUCGAGGAGCGCCAAAACAAGAUCGCAGCAAAGGCUUCAGCUUCUUCCGACGACAAACAAGCCUCGAGCCACGACGAGCUCUAG